CGAGGAGCCGCUUCCUUCCACCGGAACCAGAGAGGAGAUGCGACAGAGCUCUGCCGACGACGAAGGCAAACCACUGAAAAAAAAACAAUCUUCACAAAUGCUCAAACCGAAGAGUCAAAACUGGUGGAUCUACGAAUCGACAUCAACCGCCUACAAUCAAUGCUACAUCUCAACUAUCUUGCAUGUGAGGAACCGGCAUCUUUGAUGAUGAAGAUAAGUUUGAAGAUGCAAAAACUCAAUUAAUUGGAAAGGAGAAUCAUUGGAGGUUCAGAGCGAAAGGCAGUCGAACAGAGAGGAGCAGAUCCGUAAAUCUAACGGUGCCAGCGAGAGCAAUACUAAAGAAGUCUUUACUUCUUGGAGACAGAAGCCAGCGAAGGCGAAGCAAGUGCUAUAAAAACCACCGCUUAAAGCCAGACAAUCAUCAGAGGAACCGAUGCAACGCCAGAGGCAAAGUCGGUCGGGAACACCGUAACUGGAAAGCAAAAACACCGAACAGUCUCAUCCUGUCAACUAACUUUAAACCUUCUGAAAUAAUUUUUUUUUUUUAUAAGAAAGUUAAAGGUUUCGAGAAAAAAGUUCUCUCGCUAUGAGAGGUUCUUGUUGUAUACACUACUAGUAUAGUAUACUAGACAUACUGUUUACAGAAAAGGAAAAACUCGAUAACAAGAAUACGGUUUAUAAAUAUAGUACACGUUUUGGCUCCUCCGCAUAGUACUCACAAAAGUUUCCAAUUCUUUACCAAAAAUGAUUUCUCUCUUUAUCAUCUCGUACCUAACAUUCUUUGCCACCAUUAGAGUUGGAUCUGUUUCUCCAUCAUUUAUUCUAUUCAGAAUUGCCAAAAAAAAUAUCCUUUGAUUUGGUUCGACAAUGAGUUCUGGUGGAGGAGGAGGACCGUCUGAGCCUUCCGGUGUAAAGAAAACAUCGAAGCGACCAAAAUAUUCAAGAUUUACUCAGCAGGAGCUUCCAGCUUGCAAGCCAAUUCUUACUCCAAGCUGGGUGAUCUUGACAUUUCUUGUUGCUGGAGUGGUCUUCAUUCCCCUCGGAGUGAUCUGCCUAUUUGCUUCUCAGGGAGUGAUCGAGAUUGUUGAUCGAUAUGACACAGACUGUGUUCCAGAAUCAUCUAGGGCCAACAAGGUCGGUUACAUACAGGGUGAAGGAGAUAAAAUGUGUAACAGAACAAUAACGGUCACAAAAACUAUGAAACAUCCUGUCUAUGUAUAUUACCAACUUGAGAAUUACUACCAAAACCAUAGACGGUAUGUGAAAAGCCGAAACGAUGCACAGCUAAGAAGUCCAAAAGAAGAGAAUGAUGUGCAGACUUGUGCACCUGAGGAUAAUGUGGCUGGACACCCAAUUGUUCCAUGUGGUCUUGUUGCUUGGAGUUUGUUCAAUGAUACUUAUAAAUUUUCAAGAAAUAGCCAAGAGCUUCUUGUGAAUAAGAAAGACAUCUCAUGGAAGAGUGACAGAGACAGCAAGUUUGGGAAAAAUGUCUACCCUAAAAACUUUCAGACAGGAGCACCUAUAGGCGGUGGAAUUCUUGAUCCCAAGAAACCGUUGAGUGAGCACGAAGACCUGAUAGUGUGGAUGCGAACCGCGGCUUUGCCAAUAUUUAGGAAGCUGUAUGGGAAGAUUGAAACGGAUCUGAACGCUGGUGAUACCAUAAUGGUCUUGUUGGAGAACAACUACAACACUUACAGCUUCAAUGGUGAGAAGAAGCUCGUGCUAUCAACAACUAGCUGGCUAGGUGGAAGGAAUGAUUUCCUCGGGGUUGCUUACCUGACUGUGGGAAGCAUCUGCUUGUUCCUGGCCGUUACAUUCUCUGUAUUGUAUCUAGUUAAGCCAAGGCAACUCGGAGAUCCCUCGUACCUUUCGUGGAACAGAAGUCCUGGAGGUUGACAGAUAAUAGAGUUGGUCAAGGCUUUUCAGGCUUGUUCCCUUCAUCGCCAAGCUGAGCUAACAAAAUAAAUGAAAAUAGGAACAUAAAAAGUAUAUAAUAAGUCCUUUAUAUGAUUCAAUCUUGUUGACAACAACUUUUAAUUUAUUGUUUUUUUACCAUAUAGUGUUGGUAAGACUGUUAUUAAUGGUGCUUGAAAAUGAUGUGAAUCACCUAGUUAAAAAUUCCACACUAUUUCUUUUUUGA